CUGCUACAAGUUCUGUGUCAUUUCAUUGGAAGUUUUUAGGAUCCAGUUAUUCUACUUUACUAUGUCGGAGAAACCCGAGUUCAAGCUCUUCUACUGGCCUGGGAUGUUAGGAAGAGGGGAGUUUAUGCACCUUCUCUUUCAUGAAACAAAAACACCUUACGAAGAUGUGUUCAAAGACAAGACAUUCGAUGAAGCCAAGAAAAUGGGCUAUGGUAGWGGUCAAAAGCAUUUCGCCUUCCCUGUGAUUGAACACGGUGAUAUGGUGUUAAGUCAAACACCUGUGAUAUGUCGGUAUCUGGGRAAGAAACUUGACCACGGUAGAUUGUAUCCAAAGACGGAGAAAGAUCGCCUACAAGCCGAAGUGCUGAUGGCUGGAGUGGUCGAUGUGGUAGAASAAGGUUGUASWKCAUGGCACCCAAUCGAUUACAACGCAWCUUACGACUCUCAGAAAGAAGAAGCAAAGCCCUUUAUUGAGUAUUACAAGACAAAGCGACUACCAAGGUGGCUGRAUUUCUUUGAAACUACUUUAAAAGAGAAUUACUUGGCAAAUGGAGAGUUAGUCUUCGUAGGAAAACAACUCUCCUGGGUGGAUCUGGCCAUAUUUCAUUUUGUUGAUGGGAAUUUGGGUGAGUGUCCUGAGUUGUUUGAAAAAGAGAAUACGCAUCUAAAGAAGUUCCAUCAAGCAAUAAGAGAUAGGCCUAACAUCAAACCCUGGUAUUAUUCUGAUGCAAGACCCAAGCGCAGGCACACCAUUUUCUGAGACAGUGUAGCGUGACAUGYGUGACUGCWACUGGGAAUAAACAGGUCAGCCGUAGUAUGUUAAUUAGACGUUUCACUAGACUGGUGCAGGUAGUCUAUGUCUUCACAAUGCAUGCAAAAUCACAUCUGUAUUCAAUAGAUAGAAACAGUUUUUUCGCUUAUUAGUAUUAGUUAAAAACGUGUUUGUGUAAGUAUUUUUUUUAAGAAAAAGGAAUGAAAGUUGUGGAAAAARCUACCCUACAUUUUCAAUUCAUUUCAUAACACUCCUGGAUUCUUGACAGAAUUACAUUAUUCUUAUAUUGUUA